AUGUUAAACAAAAUCGUUGUCAAUGCGUACAAUCUAUGGGUAGUGGUCUUCGUCGCUAUUGGCACGAUUGCCAGUACCUAUGGUCUAGCCAUCAUCGGAUCAACCGUCGGGCAACCAAGCUUUUAUACCUACUUCAAUUUACCAGCAGAAGGCCAGCCGGGAUAUUCUCAUACAACCAACAUGAUUGGCGCCCUGAACGGCAUCAACUCGGCAGGGGCAAUUGCCGGAUGUCUCCUUCGGGCCUGGACGGCAGACUACUACGGUCGCAAGCACACCAUGCAAAUUGGCUGCGUGUUCUAG